UGCCGCCCGCCCGGCGGAUGUUGCGGCGCGGCCGCGGCUGAGGGAAGGAGCGAGGGCCGGCGGAGCGGCAGCGCCGGGGCCGCGCACGUCCCGAGAUGGCCGAUGAGAACGAGGAGCUGCCGGCGGACGAGGAGCUGCCGGCGCCGGCCGAGGAGAACUUUGAGCAGCUGGAGAACGACAGCCCCGCGGAGCGCAGCGGGCACGUGGCCGUCACCGACGGGCGCUGCAUGUACGUCUGGGGAGGAUACAAGAACGCCCAGGUCCGGGGGUUUUAUGACUUCUACCUGCCUAGGGAUGAGAUAUGGAUCUACAACAUGGAAACUGGAAGAUGGAAGAAGAGCAAGACUGAGGGAGAUGUUCCCCCCUCCAUGUCUGGCAGCUGUGCCGUGUGUGUGGACAGAGUGGUUUAUCUCUUCGGGGGGCACCACGCCCGGGGCAACACCAACAAGUUCUACAUGCUAAAUGCCAGAUCCACGGACAAGGUGCUGCAGUGGGUGAGAGUGGAGUGCCAGGGGGUGCCCCCCUCGUCCAAGGACAAGCUGGGGGUGUGGGUGCACAAGAACAGGCUGAUAUUUUUUGGAGGCUAUGGCUAUUUUCCUGAAGGGAAGCAACGUGGAACGUUUGAAUUCGAUGAAACUUCUUUUUGGAAUUCAGGUCUUCCUAGGGGGUGGAACGACCACGUUCACAUUCUGGACCUUGAAACUUUCACUUGGAGCCAGCCCAUAACUACGGGGAAGACCCCGUCCCCUCGAGCCGCCCACGCCUGCGCCACGGUUGGGAACAGGGGCUACGUGUUUGGAGGCAGAUACAGGGAGUCCAGAAUGAACGACUUCUACUACCUGAACCUGGACACGUGGGAGUGGAACGAAAUACUCACCCAAGGCAUCUGCCCCGUGGGCCGCUCGUGGCAUUCCUUAACGCCCAUUUCCUCGGAUCACCUCUUCCUCUUUGGAGGCUUCACCACGGACAAGCAGCCCCUGAGUGAUGCCUGGAUUUAUUGUAUCAGCAAGAACGAGUGGGUACAGUUUGAGCAUAACUACUCUGAAAAACCAAGGCUGUGGCACACGGCCUGUGCCAGCGAGGAGGGCGAGGUGAUCAUCUUUGGGGGCUGUGCCAACAACCUUCUGGCCCAUUCCAAAGCUGCUCACAGUAACGAAAUCCUGGUGUUCUCCCUCCAGCCAAGAUCUCUUGUAAGGCUGUGCCUGGAGGCCGUGAUCUGCUUCAAGGAGAUGCUGGCCGGCUCGUGGCACUGCCUGCCCAAGCACCUGCUGCACAGCGUGACCCAGCGCUUCGGCAGCAACAACACCUCGGGCUCCUGAGCCCGGGCCCGCGUGUCAGCCCUCUGCGUCUAGGUAGUUGCUUCUCGCCCUCCCGUGCAUGUCAAUGGCCUAGAGAGAACCUAUUUCUGUGUGAGACGUUCCAAUAAAUGUGUUUGAUGCCA